UGAAUUACUCUUCUGAUAUCGAUGGUAGUUGAACCUUCUUGUCUUCACGUAUCAGCUAUACUAACGCGAUACUGAAUUUUUCCAUAUCCUCAUAGCAAAACAUACAACUACUUACCAAUUCAUGUCCUUCACCAUUUAAUUGAUGCUCAGGUAUUCCCACUUGGUUUGUUUUUAAGAUAAAGAUGCUCGAUCAAUAAUAGUGACCAGUAGUUCUCGAAUUUUGGUGUUGUGCGUUACUUGUUUUACUAUACCUUCAAAUUUCACUAAUCGAGGAAAACUAUGUUCCAUAAAGUAACGCUGCUUUUCGCAGUUACUAGCAUAGUCUAUGCAGGUGAAAGCCCGAUUUCCUUUGGAGAUGGUGGAGUUGGAGUCAGCUUUCUUGGAUUCAAAGCAAAUGCAGGCAUAGGUAGCGAUGGAAAACUUCAUGCAGGUGCAGGAACACCUUGGGGAGCAGAGGCAGGGGCAGGAAUCGAAGGUACAGCCAGUGAUGAAAGUAGUGGCGGACUAUACGCAGGCGCAACUGCUGGUGGUGGAGUGUCAGCUAGUGCUGGACUAGCAGGUAGCAUCUCAAAGGGAGGUAGCUAUGGAGGUUCCUACGCCGGUGCAUCUGUUGGAGAAAAAUCAGUGGAAGUUAUCAAAGAAAAGUCAGUAGGAUUAGGAGGAGCUAGCAGCUUUUCAGCUGAGUUCAAAUCACAUCAUUAUGGAGGUCCAGUGACAAAACACGUCCAAGUCGUCAAGAAACCUGUAGAAGUAGGAGUCGUUGAGGUUGUUCACGAAUCAGUUCACCACCCAGCUCCACCUCCACCAGAAGUGAGACCAGUCACCACUGUCAUUCAAAAAACCGUAAUUCCAAAUUACGAGAAGAAAAUAAUCAAAGUGCCAUCCUAUGAGGAAAAGGUGGUGCGAGUACCAACAACUGUGGAGAAAGAGAUUUGGGUACCUGCUGCACCCACUGUUAUCGAAAAAGAAGUUCACGUAGAACAGCCAGUUGUACAUCAACCACCACCAACUGUUGUGCAAACUGUCGAAACUGUACCUGUGGUUUACAAAACGAAGUUCCACAAACGUCCAUUCUUUAGGAAGCAUUUUUCAUUUGGUAUCGGUAAUGGUUAUGCUGGUGGUUACAACGGAGGUUAUAAUGGAGGAUAUUCUGGGGGAUACUCUGGAGGCUACGAAGGGGACUAUUCAAACUAUGGAGGAGCUGGAGGUUCAGCAGGAGCUACAUAUUCCGCCAGUGUUUCAAAGACUGCAAAUCCUCAACUAUUUAACGAUAUAUUCAAUAUCCCAGUAUCUACUCUUGGAGCUGUGAAUAAACUCCUGACGAAUGCUGCAUCAGGAGCUAGCGGUGGGGGUUCAUUUGGCUUUUCAAAAUCCAUUAAUUUAUCCAAAUCCGUUGGAGGAGGUGGUUACGCUUCGGCUUCGAGCUAUUGAUUCAUCCCUUCAAUGAUACUCAUUGAAAAAACACCUUUUGCUCAAAAUUCAUAAAUAGUAUCUAAGGUCUAGGUAACAAACUGUGAAAUAUUUUUAUUUUUUGAAUAAGAGUAAAUAAAACCUUAUAGGAACAAAAUUUUAAAAUAAAAAACAAAUACAAUAA